AUGAAAGUAAUUUUGAGAAAAAGGAAUGGAAAAUUUAUAGACUGUUUUGACAUUAGUCCAUCAACAACAGUUGACCAAUUUAAAGAACUAUUUUAUAUCAAAUACCAUUAUUAUCCUGAAAGGCAAAAAUGGAACUUAGAUAAUGCCACAGGAAAAACACUUGUUAGUGGAACAUUAAGCGAAGUUGGAAUAAAAGAUGGAGACAUAUUAAUAUUUAAGGACUUAGGUGUACAAAUAUCAUGGCGAUUAGUUUAUGUUAUAGAAUAUUUAGGGCCAAUUUUGAUUUUUCCGUUUUUUUAUUUUUGUGAUAAAUAUAUUUAUUCCCAUACUGCAAAAAAUAAGCAUAUAAUCCAAAUAUUAUCCUUAUGGUUUUUGUUAUUUCACUUUUUGAAAAGAGAAUUUGAAUCCCUAUUUGUCCACAGAUUUAGCAAUGCAACUAUGCCAAUAGUGAGGGUUCCAAUAAAUUGUGGACAUUACUGGAUACUAUGCGGUGUAAAUAUUGGGUAUUAUUUAUUUCACCCGAAAUACAAGCCGUACAAUUUGGGCUCCAAACCACAUUUAGUCUAUUAUAUUUUUUUUGUGUUACUAGUUUUAGAGUUUUUAAAUUUGAAAUGUCAUUUAAUAUUAAAAAAUUUAAGACCAAGAGGCACGAAAACCAGAGGGAUACCAUAUGGAUAUGGAUUUAAUUACAUAUCUUGUGCAAAUUAUUUUUAUGAAUCGCUAAUAUGGAUUAUAUUUUCACUUAUAACAAAUACACUAACAGGUUACAUUUUUUGCUGUGUUGCAAUAACACAAAUGGCAAUUUGGGCAUUAAAGAAGCACAAUAGUUACAAAAAGGAGUUUCCACAUUAUCCAAAAAAUAGAAAGGCAAUAUUCCCAUUUGUUUUGUGA